AUGGCUAGAGGUCCCAAGAAGCACUUGAAGAGAUUGGCAGCUCCUUCCCACUGGAUGUUGGACAAGUUGUCCGGCACCUACGCCCCCAGACCCUCGCAAGGUCCCCACAAGUUGAGAGAAUCGCUCCCCUUGGUGGUUUUCAUCAGAAACAGAUUGAAGUACGCCUUGAACGGUAAGGAAGUUAAGGCCAUCCUCAUGCAAGAACACGUCAAGGUCGACGGUAAGGUGAGAACUGACACCACCUUCCCCGCCGGGUUCAUGGACGUCAUCUCGCUUGAAGCUACCAACGAAAACUUCAGAUUGAUCUACGACGUCAAGGGUAGAUUUGCCGUCCACAGAAUCACCGCUGAAGAAGCUUCGUACAAGUUGGGCAAGGUCAAGUCCGUCCAAUUGGGCAAGAGAGGUAUUCCUUACGCCGUUACCCACGACGGUAGAACUAUCAGAUACCCCGACCCCUUGGUCAGAGUCAACGACACCGUCAAGAUUGACUUGGCCACUGGUAAGAUCACCGACUUCAUCAAGUUCGAAACCGGUAGAUUGGUCAUGGUCACUGGUGGUAGAAACAUGGGUAGAAUUGGUACUAUCAUCCACCAAGAACACCACAGAGGUGGCUUCAACUUGGUCCACAUCAAGGAUGCCAGAGACCACACUUUCGUCACCAGAGAAAACAACGUGUUCGUCAUUGGUGAAGAAGCCGGUAAGCCCUGGGUGUCGUUGCCUAAGGGUAAGGGUAUCAAGUUGUCCAUCGCUGAAGAAAGAGACAGAAGAAGAGCCAACCAAGGUUUGUAA